UCACCUGCGUCGCCAUCGACGUCUUCAGAUGUACAUUCAAGUACCGAUACUUCUUCUCAAACAUCCGUGGUGCCUUCCAACACUCCAACUGCAACGUCGGUGAAACCUCAUACGACUAAAUCAAAAGUCGUCAAUUCUACGCUUAAGUAUGCGAUCAGUGCGCUCGACAUCGCGGGGGAUGUCGUGUCGCUACUGAGCGUUAUUCCUACGCCAGUCAGCGCCGCUCUGGGUGCGGCGAUGAAUGUCUUGCAGGUCAUCCAGGAUGGUCGGAAACAAGCAACGCGGGCAGAAGCUCAUCCGCAAGAUCGUUGACAUUGCCGACACUGUGAAUGAUACAAUCAAGAGGGAUGCGCGAAGAAUCGACGACAACUUUCUGCAGGCCCUGUCGGAUCUGAGCACGACAUUAGAGACCAUCAAGGAGACUUUGGAAAAUUAUGGCAAACGGAAGUGGUACAAACGCUUGGCACAAGUCGAAAGCAUAUCGCACGUCUUGGAUGCACAAGGCGAACAUCUAGAAGCAUCAAUACAAACGUUUAAGAUGAGGUCGCAAGUAACGACCAACUCACAAAUCGUACGGCUAAUGAAGCUGUGCGCGCCCAAAAAGCCCGAGCCAAAAGGUUCAGCACACAUCUUCCGGAUGCGGCAGAUCAACCUUCUUGAAACGCAUGGGGUCUGGCCUCCAGAAGGACCGACGCUGGGUCAGCAGUGGAAGGGCGAAUGGGAUGGUAAGGCAGUCGUAGUCCGGACGUUAUGCUCCAAGUCCGAAGAAUCGAAAAAAAUCGGACACCCGCAGUGGGUGUACUCUGUAGCUGAAGCUCGAUGUCCCGCCGGCAAACCGCUGCUCGGUUACUCACAUCCUACGUCAAGCACAAAGUUCUACGUCUUCGAGUGCGAGGUAGAUCCUAAGUAGAUCCCAAACCUACAUCCCAUAGCGACGAGCGCGAUCCGUCCAUCACGACUGCUGAUCUAUUUUCUCCGUGACAGUUGGCUAUCUUCAGCUCUGGGUUGUAGUAUUUUCGCUGCCCCGAUCGAGUUUCGCCGGUUGUGCAUGUCAUCGAAUUUCUACGUUGAUCUGUCGGCGUCCGUGUUGCGCGCAAUGCGAUGUCAAGACACGAGCUGUGCGCAGGCCAGUCAGCUGAUGUCUUGCGUCCUCGUCGAGGGCUGCGACAACCUGGCAAGUACACGCUGCAGGUCGUUAUCAGAAGUGGCCUUCCCUUAUCGUGCGCGUGA